AAAGAACUAUGUGCUUUAGAUCCGAACAUUGUGAUGACUAUGUACCUGUUGCUGCGAUUCUUUGGCAUUUUCUGGACCGGGGUUGGAUUCCUACAUAAUUUUGCCUUUUGCCUGGAGGACGACGGCCUCUCACCAUGUCAUGUAGUUUACCAAAACAUCUGCUACAAGUUCUCAGCGACCACUGAAACCUGGUCCCAAGCCAGGGACAGCUGUGGGCAGCGAGGAGGAGAGCUAGUGACUAUCAUUACCAGCCCUGUGAAAACGUUUUUAUUGAACCACACCAGAGGACAUGAAAGACACAACUUAACCUGGUGGACUGGGAUGGUCAGUCCCGGAGAGAACAGGGAAACUGUUGAACAAGGGGACGACAGAAGCUGCUUCUAUGUGACGGCCGAACCCCUCGAGAUGGUCCUGGCAGACUGCAAUCAGAGUCGCAGGUUUAUCUGCACCUACGAUGCCACGUUUAUAUCAAACGCACAGAGGUCAGCAGUUCCAGCAUCCAAGACUCGGCACAAAAGGAAUAUAGAUCUGAGUUCGUUUGUUGGAAACAUUGACCAAAUGCUUCUGGAGGCGGAUAACCUGCUUGCUUACAUGGAAGCAGAAGUAGGACAACCAACAAAUGAUAAUAUGGAACAUUUGAUAUCGAGUCUGUUAGCUGCUACGAACCAGCUCACCACAGCCUUCGCUCAGUCCAACAAUGAAACCAUUCAAAAGAUUUACAACACCACUGCAGCCAUCUUGCCUCUCUCCCAGUCCAAGUGUGACCAGGACACAAAUCCAAACCCCACAGAUUUGUUCGAGCAGAUGAAUGAAGUCUUUGAGGCCAUUAAUGUGCUUUUAGGCCUCAGAAUAAACGAGAAAAAGGUCUACAAACAUCUGCUUGGAACAACUUAUCUCAAGAGGACCCUGCCAAGUGACAUCAGCGACGAAGUGCUCGGUUCUGAGAAGGACGGCGAGAUGAUCAUACUGCCGGAAUUCUCUGUCCUUGAAGCACAAGUGGCAAGGUAUAGCACUGUCACCGCUCAGAUGUCUACCUUCAAUAGAAACCCACACAGAACCAAUACUAGCAUCUCAGAGAAUGUUUGCAGUCUGUCACUUAUGGAUGGAAAUACAAACAUCCGUUUGGUGAACCUCACGAAGAUGAUUGAGAUAUUUUUGCCUCGACCGCCGGGUUUACCUUUGCAGAAUAGCACCAUCAAGCUGGAGAAGGACACAGUAGCAGUGACCACCUUCAAUAUUUCAGACCCACUCAUGACAGCCUUUGUCAGUAUAGAGCCAAAUGAAAAUGUGUCUCUCAUCCUUCGGCUGGCGCAUGGAUCACCGCCCAACACCAGCUACUAUUCAAACACCACGAUCCUGACUCAGGAAGCUAACUAUCGCUGGAUGAUAACUCCAGAAAUGCUCCAGAACACAGCAGGAGUCUGGUAUGUGGACGCUGCUCUCUACAACAGCACAUGGAGAGAAGGGCUGACGGUUCUUGUGAGCUCUUUUAUGAGCCAGUGUUAUUUCUGGGAUGUUCAGAACCAGACAUGGGACACUGUAGGUUGCCGGGUGGGCGAGAAAACCACUGCGAUGCAAACUCACUGUCAGUGCAACCACCUGACUCUCUUUGGGAGUUCCUUUUUUGUGAUGCCAAACUACGUGGACGUCUCUCGCACGGCGCAGUUGUUCGCCACUGUGAAUGAAAACUUUGUGGUGCUGGCGCUGCUCUGUGCUUUCUUUGGCCUCUACCUGGUCACGCUGAUAUGGGCCAUCUAUUCUGACCGCAGGGCACGGUCCAGGAGGAAGAUGACGCUGCUGACCGACAGUCACCCUGGGGCUCAGUACAACUACCUGGUCAGUGUUCAAACUGGCCACCGGAAGAACGCUGGAACGACCGCCACAGUGAUGGUGACUCUGAUUGGCUCGGAGGCUGCGAGCGACACCCACCACCUCACAGACCCUGACAAGACAGUGUGUGAGCGAGGGAACGUUGACAUCUUUGUGUUGGCAGUGCCCUUCCCAUUGGGCGAAGUCCAAAACGUCCGGCUGCAGCACGACAACACUGGGGGCCAUCCAUCAUGGUAUAUCAACAAAGUCACUGUGCAAGACCUCCAAACCCGCCUGGUCUAUCACUUCUUCUGCGGCUGCUGGCUGAGCACUGACCGUGGAGACGGCAUGAUCAAGAAGACCUUCAACGCUGCCAAGAACAACGAGGUUGCCAGCUUCAGGAAUAUUUUCCAGACUCGAACAUCCACAGGCUUCAGGGAUGAGCACAUCUGGGUGUCCAUCGUGGAUCCGCCCUCCCGCAGCCCUUUCACUCGAGCCCAGAGGGUCUCCUGCUGCAUGAGUCUGCUGCUCUGCACCAUGGCCAUCAAUAUCGCCUUCUGGAACAUUCCCAUAGACUCCAGCUCACCAGUUCUCUUUUCCAUUGGUUCAUUGAAAAUCACGUGGCAGGAGAUCAUGGUCGGAGUGGAAAGUGGUCUCCUCAUGUUCCCCAUCAACAUUCUGAUCAUUACCAUCUUCAGAAGCAUCAAACCUCGUAUGAUCUCCAAGUCUGAGAAAAGCUCUGCAGAGGAGAUACUGAGACCCCAGUCGGUGUCUAUACCAACCAUCCUGAAGGAGACAGAAGAAGUCAUCUCUUUGGUGAGCAGAAGUCCCCGAAACCGGAUGUCAGAGAUGAAACGGCUGGAGUCCGUCUCAGAUCUUGACUUCGCCCUGGACAGACUGCACGAUUUAAUACUCCUCAUACAAGGGGAGAGCGAGAGCGGACCUCACUGGGUUUACUGCAGCAAGUUCCUCCUGGUAUCCCUCUGUCACCUCCUCACCAGUUUGGAGAAAAUGGAUGCAAAAUGUUUCCUGAAUGAGAAAGAGUACCAGCACCUCCUGAACACCACCAACAUACUGGUCCGCAAGGCUGAGAUGGUCUACUGUAGCCACUUGGCCUACAGUCCACCACCUGUGAUGCCGAAGAGGAGGGGCUCCUCUGACUGCUGGCUGCCCUGGUGGUGCGUGUUCCUGGGCUGGUUCCUGCUGCUGUCCAUCAGCGCCAUCUCCACUUACUUCACCCUGCUCUACGGCUUUGAUUACGGAAGAGAUAAGUCCAUCAAGUGGGUCAUGUCUUUAGGACUCUCCCUCUUCCAGAGUAUCUUCAUCCUUCAGCCACUGAAGGUGAUUGGGAUCGCCAUCUUCUUCGCUCUGCUGCUGAAACCUGUGGCUGUGGAGGAAAGUGAAGAAGUGGAGCAAGUUCUGCAAAAGCAACAGGAGCGGUGCAGGCGCUACACUGGCAGGGACUCGCUGUGAGGACGUUCCACUCUGAGACAUCAGAUUGCACUUAUUGAAACUUCUACUUAGAUUACGCAACACAUCAGGGUGUCUUGUAUGGCUACAAGCUUCCGCCAUGCCGGAAAAGGUUUCACACACCGGUGACUAAAUGACACGCCGGCAUGCAUUAGUUAGCACAGCAGCUCAAAAUAGAAGGUUUUGAAACUUUUUUAGCUGGUUCAGGUCAGCAGGGUUCGCGUGUUCUCCCUUGCUUACAUCACCCUGUAGCCGCCAAACCAUCACCAUGAUACUCAUACUGGAGCCAGCAAAGAUUCACAAUGUGAAAUGGUUACAAGUCUUGCUUAGUAGUAGAUAUGAAACGUAAUAAUACUGAUGUAUAAAUGUCUGACUGUUAUGAAUGAAAGGUCAGAAGACAGGAAAUGACAUCAGAAAUGUGUACGUGUAUACAAUAUGUGACCAAAAUCUGGAAAACAAAGAGGUUUCAAGUUCCAAAUGUAGGUUGUGGAGAGUCAACAGUCAAGUGAUUAGAUUAGAUUGAUGUCCUUUAUUAGUCAGUAUCCUGAAUUAAAUAUAUGUAUGUAUAUGUGUAUAUAUAUA